AUGUUGAGGAAACAUGCAAUGUCGUUAUACCGUGCAGCGGACAAAUAUGAGAUUCCUUAUUUACGGGACUUGUGUAGGAACCAGCUUAUGUUGUCUAUAAACGCUUCGAACGCUAUUGAAAUUCCCGAGCUCUCAAAAGUGCCUCUCGACAAAACCCUCCACGAAUUUGCUACCAAUUAUAUCGCGUCCCACUUGUGUAAGGGUUUUUCCGUUAGGUAG